AGCAGUAGUAGUAGUAGUAGUGGUGGUAGUGGUAAACCGUGUGUUAGGGGUGGGUUCGAGGAGGAGAUACUAAAAAGGGAGUGAAGAGUAGAGUUGCGCGAGCAGCGGAUCGAGAGAUCAGCAUUCGAUCGAUCGAGAUUGUUUUGCGGGCGGGGAGAAGAAGAGCGGGGGCGGUGGCCAGUGCGAGUGUUCUGUGCGUGUGCUGUUUUGUAUGUGUGUCUGUACGGUUGUGACCCCGACCCCAGAGAACCAACUGAGACGCGAGCGCGCGCGCGUUCGCUAGCAUUCGUUCGCGUUCGCUCGCCAGCUGACGACGAUGCAGCAAACAAGCAAGCAAGCAAGCUAGCGAGCUACACCACAGCACCGCAGCACCCCAUAAACGACUGCAACAAACCUACGGCACACCCACGACGACGCCGACGAUCAACGCGUGUCCAGCUCGCUAGGGCUGGCUAGGCAGGUCAGCGACGGACGCCAGCUGCUAAAGUGCGAGUGUUGCUAGUGUGUGUCAACGAAAAGCCACCGAAAAACCCCGUGAAAGGUGACCGCAGGGGUGCACGCGCGACUCGUACGAGCGCGCGACAAUAAUACUUCUUCUUCAAAAACAAAACAAAAAACAACAACAACCGAACCGACCGACCGAACGGAAACCGCGAGCAGGAUGGUGGUUCGACGGGCCGGUGGUCGAUCGACGGUGGACGCCACGGUUGGCAGCGCGGUACCGGCGCUGCUGUUGCUGGUGCUGGUCUGCUGUUGGACCGGUUGGAGCACCGGACCGGUGGGCACCGCAGCCUUCAACCUUGACACGAUCAACUUCAUCCUGCAGGAGGGCGACCCGAACUCGAUGUUCGGCUUCAGCGUGGCACUCCAUCGCGAGCAGAACAAGAGCUGGGUCAUCGUGGGCGCUCCGACGGCCAACACCACGCAACCGGACGUGAUCGAGGGUGGUGCGGUGUACCGGUGUGACAUCUACGACGACAGCCGGUGCUCCCUGGUGCCGUUCGAUAACGAAGGCAAUCGAGUGAACGAUCAGAACGAGCAAAUCGACACCAAGUCGAAUCAGUGGUUCGGUGCGACCGUCGUCAGCGCCGGCAUCGAUGGACCGCUCGUGGCUUGCGCACCGCGCUACGUCUUUCACCAGCUGCAACCGAGGAAGGCGGAACGGGUGGAACCGGUCGGUACCUGCCACAUAGCGAAGAACAAUAUGCGCGAGUUCCAGGAGCUGUCACCGUGCCGGACCUCAUAUUGGGGCUAUCAUCGGCAGGGUUCGUGUCAGGCAGGGUUCAGCGCAGCGCUGACCAAAGAUGGCACGCGCGUAUUCAUCGGUGCACCGGGAAGCUACUACUGGCAAGGACAAAUGUACUCCAUUAACACCGACGUUGUGUUUCCCUAUAAACCCCCGCGGUAUGGUCACUUUGGAGAAGGUCAGAUCUACUCGUACAGCUUAAACAACCCAAAGGACAAGGUGUACAAAACGCUGGAGGACAAAAAGGACGAGGAUGACAGCUACCUCGGCUACUCGGCGACGACGGGCGACUUCAACGGGGACGGUACGCAGGGUGUCGCAGUCGGUAAGCCGCGCGGUGCCGGCCUCCUCGGGAAGGUGCUGAUCUACGCGUGGAACAUGACGAACCAACAGAACAUUACGGGCGAGCAGAUCGGUGCGUACUUCGGCUACUCGCUGGCCGCGGUCGACGUGGAUGGCGAUGGGCUGGACGAUCUGAUCAUCGGUGCGCCGAUGCACACGGAACCGAACAACGAGGGCAAAUACGAGACGGGCCGGGUGUACAUCAUCUACCACGGUGGCGUAGCCGCGGGGGGCGCCGGGGAUCAGCGUCGCUUCAGCGAGCUGGAGACGCGCGAUGGCAGCACGAGCCGGGCCCGGUUCGGCCUGUCCGUCUGCUCGCUGGCCGACAUCAAUCUGGACGGGUACGGUGACUUUGCGGUCGGGGCACCGUACGAUGGACCGAAUGGACGCGGUGCGGUCUACGUGUUCUACGGUGCCCGCACCGGCACCCUCGCCAAACCGUCCCAGGUACUACAGGCGGAAGAGCUGGCCUGGGGUGUGCCGGGGCGUCUCAGCACGUUCGGCUUUUCGCUCGCCGGUGGCAUCGAUCUCGAUGGCAACCAGUACCCGGACCUAGCGGUCGGUGCGUACGACACGGACAAGGUGCUCGUCUUCCGGUCCCGCCCGGUCGCCACCAUGGAGGCGAGCACACUGUUCGAGACGGAGAACAAGCUGAUCUCGCUGGACGAGCGCAACUGUACGCUGGAGCGCACACAGAAGCAGGUCGCCUGUACGGUCGUGAACUCCUGCCUCAAGUACGGUGGCAUCAAUGUGCCACCGGUGCUGGACAUCGAGAUCGGGUGGACGCUGGAUGCGCGCAGCCCCCGAAGCCCCCGGCUCUUCUUCCUCAACGACGAGGGCCGGAACGUGCUGAACCAGUCGAUGCGGCUGUAUCGCGGCAAGCUCGAGUGCCGGAGCGAGCGGGUGUACGUGGGCGAGAACGUCCGGGAUAAGAUUACGCCGCUGGAGGUGGAGAUGCGGUACGGGCUGCGGGAGAGCCGCGGUGCCGGUGGUACGGUCGUGUUGAGCCAGCGGCAGCGCCGGCCCCGCCUCAACGUCGAACCGGUACUGGACGCGAACCGGGGCACGGUCCAACGGGACUCGAUCAACAUCCAGAAGAACUGCGGCCCGGACAACGUCUGCAUACCGGACCUGCGGCUCGAUAUCAAGUCGGUCGACGAGUAUCUGCUCGGCUCGAACAAUCUACUGACGGUCGAGGUGCUGAUCACGAACCGGGGCGAGGAUGCGUUCGAGGCCGGCUUCUACAUGGUGGUACCGGCCGGGCUCGACUUCCGGCGAGUGGACCGGUUGGGUGAGGUGCGGGAUGUGCCGGUACUGUGUACGGCACCGUCGCACGCCAACAACGGUACGCUCCGGUGUGACAUCGGUAAUCCGCUCGCCAGCGGUAAGGUAGUCAACUUCAAGGUCAUCCUCGCGCCGUCGUUUGCGGUCGGCAUGGCACCGAGCUACGACUUCUACCUCGAGGCGAACUCCACGAACCCGGAGCUCGGUGGCAGCCUGCACGAUAAUGUGGUGCGCAAGAGCAUCGGCAUCUCGAUCCGGACCAACCUGGCCCUGUCCGGGGUGUCACUGCCGGAUGAGUUCCUCUACAACUACACCGAGUACAAGCCGCUAGCGGAGGCGACCAGUGAGCGGGACCUCGGUCCGCAGAUCGUGCACAUCUACGAGAUCCGCAACGAGGGCCCGUCCACGAUCGACGAGGCCGAGUUCUUCGUCCUUUGGCCGACGGAAACGAUCGACCAGGUGCCGCUGAUGUACCUGCUCAACCAACCCGAGACGCACGGCAACAUCCAGUGCCAACCGACCGAGUACGCCAACAGCCGGCACCUCGCCCUCGACACGGUGCUCGCCCGGAAGAGCUUCCUCGACAAGGUGGGCGUCUCCGGUACCAGCUACUCGAAGGUGGCCGGUGGUACGGGCCGGCUGACCGGGCGCCUCCAGGGUCUCGACGGGGUCGUCCCGACCCCGAUCUCGUUCUCCUCCGGUGCUGGUGCGGCGACCACCGGUACCCGAACUCAAACCGAGACCGCCAGUGGUGGCCGAGGACGCUACUACGAAUCCAGCGAGCGCCGCUCCCAGUCCAGUACCGGUGGAGGAACGGCCGAUGGCGGCUUCGAGCGUCGACAGCAACAGCAGCAGCAUUCCGUCUCCUCAUCAUCAUCAUCAUCCUCGUCCACGGUGACGUCAGCAGGUGGUAGUGGUGGUGCCGGUGGCAGUGGAGCAUCCACCAGCACGUCCUACGCCACAGAGCGCCGACAGGAGUCAAACUAUGGCGGGGCUGGAUCGCGUCAACAAGGCCAAAGCUACGGUGUGCAAGGGCAGCAACAGCUGGAAGUGACCGGAGGCGAACGAGGUGGUUCGAGCGGUAGCAGCAGCAGCAGCACUAGUACCUUCUACACCUCCCACAACCACACAAUCCACCGCACGGAAGAUGGUUCCGGUAGGCGGGUGUCGUACGAGAGCAACGAGUAUCGGAAGUCCGGCUCAGGUGCCGGUGCCGGUUCCAUCGGUCCCAACUCCCUCGGUGUCGCUAUGGGCAAGGAGGGUGGCUACACUGCCGGAAGCUCCAGCACCAGCACCAGCAGCAAAAGCUACGAACAGCAGUACGGAGGUUCAUCCGACCGGUUCGUGGGCACGCAGAGCACGUCGGUUGCUGGACAGAGCCUGUCGGUUGCUGGACAGAGCCUGUCGGUUGCUGGUGCCAGCGCCACCGGUGUAUCGUCGGCGUCAGGUGGUAGGCGCCGCAUGAUGAGCCAGCAGGAUGGCGAACCGCUGGUCGGCUCGCACAGUACCGGUGGGCUUGUUACCAAUUUUCUGCAGCUUGAUGGAAGCCACCGAAGCCAAAGCGCUGUUGGUCAGGACAGUAGUAGUAGUGGUGCACUGGACGCAAUGGCGAAUCGGUUCCGCACGGACUACACCACCGGGAGCACCGGUAGUAGCACCAGUUACGGUGGACGCACCAGCUCGAGCAGUCAUACGUCCACUUCGAGCACCACUAUCCAGCAGCAGCAGCAGCAGCAACAGCAGCAGAAUACGGCUACGGGAGCUGGUACGGGAUUGUACCACCAUACGACGGGUGGUGGCCACCGCCAGCAGCACUACCAAGGCAUGACGUCCAACGGAACGCACAUGAUCUACACGAGCGGUACAACGUACGCCGGUAUCGGUGAUGAGGACGAGGACAGCUACGAUGACACGCUGUACGAUCGGAGCGAGGAAGCAUACGAGGAGGACGGCAGUACGGAUGUACCGCCCCGCACCGCUCACGACUACAUCGGUUCGCACCAUCAGCAUCGCCAACAGCAUCAGCAGCACCAGCAACACCAGUACGCUGGUCAGCACUAUACCGGUACGACCAUACCGCACCUCAGCAAGCAGCACCUGAACGAGGGUCACGAGACGGUUGACCAGAAGUUCCGCUACUACCAGCGGUUUGACCAGCGUUCGCAGCGCCAGCGGCGCCAAGCAACGGCUGACACGGCGGACCGGGCGCUCGAGGAGGCACUGACCUGCCAUACGGCGCGGUGCGCGAUGCUACGGUGUGUCGCCGGUCCGAUCGGCAACAAGGACGUCGCGUUCAUCGCGCUUCGAACGCGUGCGAUCGCGCACACGCUGCACCAGCUGUCCGCUUCGACACCGCUCCACUUCUCCACCAAGAUCGUGGCGCGUGUCACGAAGCUACCGUACAUCGGGCAGCCGAAGGAGAAACCGAUCAAGACGCACGAGAUCAAGGUGCUGGCGGUACCGGAACCGAUACCGAAGCCGGAUGUCGUACCCCUCUGGAUUGUGGUGCUGGCCGCGUGUACCGGAACCCUCAUCCUGCUCCUGCUCAUCUAUCUCCUGUCGAAGUGUGGCUUCUUUGAGCGAAACCGGCCGACGGACUCCUCGGAGCGGCAACCACUCAACCGGAACGGUAACUAUCCUGGCGACGAACACCUGUAAAGAAAAACAGAAACGCCAGACAGGCGCCCGCAGGGUAGCCCAGAGGGAAGGAAGAGGAGAAGGGGCCGGGGCAUGGGGGGAAUGAGGGAGACGUCCUUCGGGAGCCACCGGGACCCAACCCUUCCCCCCGGCUGCGAUUCUCGCUCUCUCUCUCUCUCUCUCUCUCUCUCUCUCGCUCUCUCGCUCUCUCGCUCUCUCCCUCUCUCCUUAUCUCUUGUGGUAUGCCAUAACUAAAACGUAUGUUCGUGUGCCUGUAUGUGUGUGCAACUGUAUGUGUGCUUGCGUGCGUGUGAUUGUCGAUCCGUUACAGCCUAGGGUGCAACGGGAGAGGCACCAACACCCAAUCAGCACCAACAUAAAGCGGUGCCGUCGAUUGCGAUGACGGUAUGCGGUUCUUUGAAUGCGGUGCCAGGACGGGGAAGGGGCGUGGGAGGUGGUAGUGGCACGCAUCGUCCGCAACGUCCUAAGCCACAUACGCAAAACCACCAUCACUGCCACCAACGCCACCGUCACCAGCAGCAGGCGAGGGUGGGCGACGCCAUCGCGCCGCAACUUCCGCAUCCGCAUCGUCCGGAUGCGUGUGUGUGUUUUUUUUAUCUAACACAGAAAAGUAUUUGUAAAACGAGUUUUAUUAUUCCGGUUAGUUGUCCCCCCUCCCUCCCUCCCUCCCCGUAUAAACCAACUCCCCCGAAACCCCUCCACCAGCCACCAAUCUCCCUCAUUCCCUUCAUUUUUUAACCAACUAGUCAGUUACUGCGAACUGCGACCUCUUUGGUUACAAUCGUAGCUAACAACAACGACAACAAAAACAGCAGCGGUGGCAGCAGCAAAAGCGAGAACAACAACAGCAAUCUAGGUUAGUAAGACCGAUGACGAUGUCAGGCGAGGGGCGCUGGCGUAUUUACGCAUAGGCGAAGUGCCAAUAGGUUUAGUAGGAAGUAGCCACUGCUCGCGGUCCGUGCUCGUCCGUCAGCUGCUGGGACGGCUCACGCAUCGAGUACCGGUGACUGCUUCUGCCUUGUGCCUAAAAGAGAGGGAAAGAGACACAGAAAGAGAGAGAGAGAGAGAGAGAGAGAGAGAGAGAGAGAGAGCAAGAGAGAAAAGAGAUGUUUUUGAAUAAGUCCCGGCCAAAUUAGCAAAUAGUUCUCCCGAGAUGCCAUUCAUGAUUCCCUCCUUAACCCCCCCCCCCCCCCCCUUCUCUCACCCCCUUCUCCUCCUCGUUGUAGUGCCUUCCACGGCCAACACACACACGCCCAAUUGUGCAUUGAUGCAAUAUUUUGACCCAUCUUUGGAUACUCUUCAAUAUAUUUUUCAAGAAUCGCCCACACCACCCAUUUUGUUGACGGGAUGAUUCAUUGCUAGACUACACGCGCCUACAUUAAUUCAUCAAUAAUGCUUGAAGCGGCCCAUACACGCUCAAUUUUAUUGAUCAAUCCAUGCAACUGGCAUGCAUUGCCGUUAAUAUAUUUAUGUGCGUGGGCUUCAUUGAUUCACUUGCCGAACAAAUUUAAAUCGGCCCACACACCUUUACUUUAAUUCAUCAAUGUUGGCAUCAAGGAAGAAAUGGCGUAAAAUUGGCUUCCGACGUUACGUCCAUCAAACUGCAUGCAAACAUAGAUAAAUAAAAUUGAUCGUUUAUGGGCCGCUUUACGGGUGUCCCGUUUUUUGCGAUUGUAUGCCAAGUGUGUGCCACUCGCUGUUAACGUAGGGGUUCCCGGGCACCCACUUCCAGCUCCCGUAGUUGAAGACUGAUAAUCGAUUCAUUAAACAACACAACAAAAGCAACAAGCAACAGAUCCUAGUCCGUGGCGCGGUUUAUGCGAGCGAUAAGUGAGUUCGUCCGCGGCCGCGACUCCCUGUGGCCUUCUUUUCUUCGCUAACUGUGUGCCUUACGACAGUGGAUAGAAAAGGGAAGGGAAGGGAAAGAAGGAGAAGAUGGGAGGUGGGUGAGAGAGUGCAGAGAGAGAGAGAGAGAGUGUAGAGAGAAUUAAAACAAACAAAAUAAAAGGAUUAAUGAAGAGAUGCGCUAGAGCACUUUGGCACUCGAGAUAUGAUGCGUGUGCAGUGUGCGGCGAGAUUAAGAGAUUUUACAAAAAAAAAGAAGCAAUACUCUCUCUUCGCACGCCCACUCUCACACAACAUUAUUAUAUGUAUAGUGUUAUUAAAACAAACCCUA